AUGGACGUUCUUCUCUCCCUCCCAAUACUAUCCUACCUCCUCUCCCCCGCCUCAGCAUCAUGGUCCACAUCCUUCAACAUCUUCUUCUUCUACGUCCAGUGGACGACCUUCGUCCUAACCCACACGCCCUUCCGCGUGCGCCUCAUCGGCUCCCUCGCAAUGCGCAUAAUACUAUUUCUCUUCCCGUCGCUUGUGUCAUUACUCUUUGAUACAGGCGUGCCAAGCAUCGCCGAGUCGAUCAAAUUUGGCGGCCGUGCUUCGCUUGCCCCGCGGGAUGCGCGCUUGCUUACGCGACAGCUGGGUCUCGUGCUGGUGAACCUCUUGUGCGUGACGUUGCUGGAGGGCGCGUCGCAUUUGGCGUUUAGAUAUCUCGUUGGUGAGAAUGAUUUUAAUCCGACGGCGUUGCUGCCUCUGCCAUGGCAGCUGGCGAAACAUAUUGUGCUUAUGAUGACGGGGCGCGAGGUGUUGACUUAUUACAUUCAUCGCAAUCUUCUUCACUCCAGCGGCGCCAUUGGCAAGCUUCACAGACGCUUCAGUCACGCACGAUCAGCAGCGCCGUACAGUCUUCUCGUAUUUGCAGAUCACCCCGUCCCCUUUCUUCUGCAUCAUUUCUUCCCUAUGUACCUACCCGCCAUCGCCCUGCGCCCUCACAUGGUAACGUACUUCCUCUUCCUUGCGCUCUGCACGGUUGAAGAGACAAUCACCACGUCAGGGUACACUGUCGUCCCUGGCAUUAUCAUGGGUGGCAUGACGCGUCGCAGAGCAAUUCAUUACGCGAGCGGAGGCGAUUGCAAUUUCGGUGCCUGGGGAGUUCUGGACUGGGCGAAUGAUACGGGAAAGGGGAGGGAUGUACUCGAUGAUGUGAGGGCUGAGGCGGACAAACAUAACGUCAAAGAGAGGUCGGCGAACAAGUUGAAUAGCGGUGUGAGUGCUCUUCAGGGAGGGAUUGACAAUUUAACGAAUGGGGACGAUGACGGUAAGAGGAGGAGUUCGCGAUUGAGAGCAAAACGCGCGGGCAAUUGA